GAGCGAACGAGCAUUCGCGUCGCGUUCGCGUCCCAGACCUGUCCCAGACCACUCCGCGACAACAUGUGCCGACUGCCGCUCCUCGCCGCUUUGGCGGUGGCCGUCGCCGUCCUGGGCGUCCCCGAGGCCGCCGCCCAGACGGUCGUGUGUCCGAGCCCGCCAACGCAGGCCAACUUCGACGCGGACAAGUACCUGGGCGCCUGGUACGAGAUGAAGAGGGUGCCCCGUAACUUCGAGGACGACGGCGAGUGCGGCAUGGCGACGUACUCCUGGCUCGACGCGACCGCCAAGACCGCCGUCAACGUCCUCAACACCAACUACGUGCCCAAGACUAUGUCGGUGAGCUCGGUCACCCUCCAGGCCCAGCCCGUCGACCUCCCUAACGGCAAACUCAAUGUGGUUUUCCCCAAUCUUCAAGUUCCUGCGUCCCCAUACUGGGUGCUGGGCACCGACUACACCAACUACGCCGUGGUGUACUCGUGCUCGGUCGACAAGGCCGUCAUCGUCCCUCACAUCACUCUGUGGGUCCUCGCCAGAGACCCGGCCAAGUACACCUCGGACGUCGACGCCACGGUGAACGCCCUCAUCAAGAACGCCGGCCUGGACGCCAGCAUCCUCAAGACGGUGGAGCACCACACGGGCUGCCCCGCGGCCACCUGCAAGCCGUGCGCGUCGCCCAAGGCGAGCCUGGACCUCGCCAAGCUCAAAGGCCGCUGGGCGGAGGUGCAGCACAGCCCCUUCGCGACGGACUCCGACAAGCAGACCUGCAGCCUGGGCGAGUUCACCGCCACCACCGACGGCGUCAGGUUCAACGCCACCACGUACCAAGCCGUUAGCGAGACGGCCGGCGCCGAGAGGACACUGGAGCUGAUCGGCAAGUGGACGGACUCCACCAAGAAAGACGGCUCCUUCGAGGUCACCUCUGCUGCCGGCACUGGCAAGAUGUGCGUGCUCGGCACCGACUACGACAACUGGGCCGUGGUGUCCGUGUGCAUCCCGCCCACCCCCACCACCACCGCCGCCCCCGUCGGACCCUUCGCCACGCCCUCGCCGGCCACCUCAGGCGGCGUCUUCGUGAUGUCCAGGAAGCGCGGCCUCACCCCGGCCCAGCAGAUGGAGGCCAACAAGUACGUGGUCAACGCCGGCGUCCCCGCCGCCUCCAUGCAGACCACGCCGGCCACGCCCUGCCCCGCGGUCGCGCUGGAGGGCAACGUCGUCAGCAGCGCCGCCGGCGCCUCCGUGACGCCCGCCAUCCUGGUCGCGUCCCUCCUGGCCGCCGUCCUGGGACACCUCCGGCCAGCUCAGUAGCAAGCAAUAAAUUACUUUAAAAGAAAA